GACAGUGGCUGUGUGCUGGGACUGGGAGUGGACCCAUGGAUAUGCCCUAGCGUCCACCCCCUGCUCAUCCCGUUUCUACCACCUGCCGCCCCCGCCCCCAAAUUGCUCCAAGCGCCGCCGGUAGACGGAAAGACGGGAUGGUUCGCUUUGGAUCGGAGGAUCGUGCAAUGGGAGCGAUCGAUCGUCACGGAAUACAUGAGGUUGGCGGGCCUCUUCUUGUUGGUGGGGUUAAUUUGCUCAACACGCGGACUGGCCUCUUCUAUGAUCAAGAGCUUCGCCACGUCCUCACCGAUGAGCAUCGGUUUCGAGCUUAUCUGGAGUUUCGCGAGCAGGCCAUCAAAAUCGCCGUGACUGAACUCAUGUCUGGUGCCAAAUCACCUGCUGAUUUGUUUCUCCCGAUUGCCGAGGAUAUUGAUACCUUCAAUAGCGAGCUUGUCGAGUACAUCUUGAUGCGCUACACGAGGCAUGAUGGAACCUCCUCCAUCUUGCAGCGAUCUGUUACUGGGGAUGAUGGACAUAAUGGAACUGAGGUUGAAAACACCUCGAUAAGGCAUUACUUGCCUAAUGAUAUAAUCAGACAAAUCGAGAAUAACCAAAAGUUGCUUUGUCAACAAUUGUCGUCUAUUCAGAGGUACUUUGCAUACCGGAAAUUUCUUGUGAAGCUUGACUUUAUUCAGUCGAAUAGUGAUCCUGAAAGUGUUCUAAAAAGGCUUAAAUCUUCAACUAUAUGCCCGGGGCUUCCAGAUCAUGAGCUAAGGCGUUGCUUAGAGGGCCAUAUUAAUUUUUUGAAAGAAUACGAGGAUAAGAAAUUGGACCCUGCGGCCAGCAUAUCUGAGUAUGAAAACAUAGCUUUGAAGAAGAUCCAUUCAGAGUUGAGUUCAGAAUUACAGGAGCAUCUGGAUCGCUAUGAUUGGAUGCUUAUGGAGCAGUACUAUGACCGUAUGAAAUUAAGGAGUCUUGCAAGAGAAUGUGCUACUCAAGCGCAAAUGACUGGACAUGUUCUUGUCGCAGAGGGUCUACCAAUAAAAGCACAUCUCAAGAAAUAUAUGCUUUCCGCAAAUCCAGAAGUUAAGAAGCUGCCUUCAUUUAAACAAGCAGCGAAGCUGUCAUUUGACAGCUACAUGGGUCGAAUAAAAGAGAAAUUCAGAAGCAGGGCUCCUCUUGGCAGGCCUAUCGGAAGGCCAUUCCAGUUGCUUUUUGCGGGUACAUUAGCAACUUCAUUUGAUGACGGCAACAAUGAAGAACGGAAGUAUGACCCCCAGUGUGGCAUGACGAAAGACGAGUUCGAAUGGCGAUGUGCUCAGGUUGACAGGGUAAGCCAGCGUAUGCCCCAGGCGUUUGAGAAGUUGGAUUUCCAGUUGCAGGUUAUGCGUCGUCACUUCCUGGAUGAUCCUGAUGCCCUAAACACUUGGGAUGAGUAUGAAAACGAUGUCCGUUAUGCAUACAGGCAUAACCUCUUGCAGACCCUGUCGUCACCAUUGUCAAUCCCGAACUCUGAUUUGUACGAGCAGCUAAUGAAGAGAAAGGCGCAGUCCAAGACCUUUGUCGGCAAGAUAUCUGGAGGAUUAGACAAGUUCAAAGAGGCAGCAACAAGGAACAAGAGGUUGGUUGGAGCUGGGGUAAUAUUUGCCGGUGCUGCUGCUGUAUUUGCUCUUGGACGACACGCUACACUACGUGAAGUCAAACAGCAGACAAAUGAAGCCUAGCUAGCAACAGUUGGAUCAUGGACUUGCUAUCUACAAAGCAAAACUGUUCCUAUUCAAUAUUACGUUGGAGCAUUUCGUAGUUAAUACCUGGGUGUGUAAGAUGCUUCUAAUAUAUAAAGCUCCGUAUUGAACUUGGCA